GGUGUCAUUUGACAGCGUGGCGCAAAGUCACCAGUCAAGAUACGCCUCUCUAAAGUAUGGUCGAACUCGUGGUAAAUUACUAGAUAAAAAAGAUUUAUCGCUGUUGUUGUGUCGUGACGAAAGACGCAUUACGCCUCGCGUGUCAAUCUGGCACGAUUUGGCGUGUCAAUCGGAGAGUUUCCGGUGCAUGUGUACUGCGAAUCGCGCCCGCCGCUUGUCUCUUGAUCGGUUUACAUACUGAUCGCGCGAACGCGGUGUGCGCUUGACUCACCCACAAAUAUAUCAGUAUAUUCGAUAAGAAUGCAUACAUAGGCAUUGAUUAAUUUCGCGAUCGGAAGAUGUUCCAUGUACCUGUGUCGCAACGAGUGUUAUUUCACUAUUGGGGGAUAUUCGCGAUCUUUUGUUGCUUCUUCGUUACCGCCGAUGAUACCGCCAAGACGAAACAGUUGACAUUGUGCGCCCAACAAUCCGAUAAUUUACGCAGCUUGAUAUUUGUCAGUACGCUGGAUGGUAAAGUAUCAGCCCUAGAUGCUGCUAACAAUGGACAAGAACAAUGGACUUUGGACUUUAACAAUGGACCAAUGUUGUCAUCUAAUAUUCAUAGCAGAGAACUCAAUGAUAAUGGACAAUGGGUACGUCUGAUCCCAUCAUUGAAUGGUGGUAUGUACAAAUUUGACGGUGAAAAUCUGGAGUUGCUACCAAUAACAACUGACAAAUUGUUACAUUCCUCCUUUCGUUAUUCCAACGACUUAGUCUUUUCAGGUGGUAAAGAAGUACAUUCCUAUGGUGUACAUACCAAGACAGGCAAAAUUUUGUAUAAAUGUGACAUCACUGGAUGCAUAAAUAAUACUGAUGAUAAAGGAUAUUUACAGCAAGAAGUGCUUGUCAUUAAGCGACUUCAACAAACUGUACGAGCUGUAGAGGCUCGUACAGGUAUCGAAAGGUGGAAUUUUAGUGUGGGGCAACAUGAUUUGGUGCUGAUACCUCCUGCACAAAUUUAUUGUCCAGAUAAAGUUUCCCUAUUGAAUGUACAAAUCAAAGCUAUUAUCCCAGAAGGUUUGAUUUGGGCAAUUAAUGAGAGUGAUCCUACCAACAAGUUGUGGCAAUACAAGUUUGAUUCUCCAAUUGUUUCGAUAUGGCGUGAAAAAGAAGACAAAGAUUCUACAAACCAGGAUAUUUUGGAAGAAAUUAAUUUAUUUGAUAGUUCUCCAUGGAUAUGGGGAUCCGACUACACAACGAGCAGCCCGGACAUAUACGUAGGCAUGCACCAGAGGCAAUUGUACGUGCAGGAAAAUGUGAAAUUUAAAGACUCGUUAGAUUCAUCUUUUAAGCAUGUUCAACCUAAGAUAUAUCCAUGGCUACCUUAUCCAGCUGUUGGUACUGCUACAAACAUUUUACCAGAUAAGAAUGAUAAUCGGGAAGUUUCCACUACGAUAAGUGAAGUGCAAUGUACAACUGCGUUAUCUGUAUUGUAUAAUUCAGAAUAUGUAAAUGGGAAUGGAUUUUAUCUAUAUCCGGCAAAUGAAAUUAAAUCGACUUUCGUCGAACAGCCCAACAAUAGUGAACUUGCAGCAAAUACGAAAAAAUUCAUAUUAAAUCAUAUUGAAGAAGAUAAUGAACCUGUUCAAACGAUUCAGAGAAUAAUUUUGUCUAAAUGGCAAGAAAUUUUAGUAAUAUUACUCAUAAUCCUGUUGAGUCUAACACCGCAAUGGGGAAUUUUUAUUCGCAAAAAUACUAUAAUUCCGCCUGUGAUAUUAGCAACACCAAUAGCAGAAAUCAAAAUGGACAUCAAGGUUACCGAUGAGAACGAGAAUGCAGAUAAUUACGAGUCACGUUAUCUAAAAGAUUUCGAACCGGUGGAUUGUUUGGGUAAAGGAGGAUACGGUGUUGUUUUUGAGGCAAAAAAUAAGAUAGAUUAUUGCAACUAUGCUAUUAAGAGGAUUUCCAUCCCAAAUAACGAAAAUGCAAAGGAGCGCGCAAUGCGGGAAGUGAGAGCACUAGCUAAACUGGACCAUUCUAAUAUCGUAAGAUACUUCAACACUUGGACAGAAUGCCCUCCCUCUGGAUGGCAAGAGCAACACGACAAACAGUGGGCCCUUAAACUGUCCUCGUCUGGUUGCCCAUCGCUAAUCUCUGAGACUGAAACAAAACCCAAGGAUUCCGUGUGCAUUGAUGUGCCACAAAUCGACUCGCCAUCCGUAGAGAGUGCCUAUGAAGCUUACGAGUUGGACAAGAUAGCAACAACGACCAACGAUUCAGUCGUCACAUUCGAACGUUCAGGCGGAACGCAACGUGAUGAUGCAAUUGAUAUUGGUAAUUGUAGCGACAGUUCGGAUGCGUCUCUUUCAGAAAAUGCAGCUAAAAAUUCACCAUUUAUCGACAACAGUAAUCGCUCUGAAAGCAUUGUGUUCGAAGGAAGCGAUAACAAUAUUGCGACACAAGAAACUGAUGACAGUGUUACGGAAGAAAGCGAUAACAGUGUUACGGAAGAAACCGAUAGUAACAGUACAAACAAGAAAAGAAUUCGCGACCGUCGAAAGGCCGCGCUCUCCUUACAACUGGCCGUCAAAUCAAACGCUUCCAAAACAAGAACGUUCCUAUAUAUACAAAUGCAGUUGUGCCAAAGACUGAGCCUCAAAGAAUGGCUGAAGCAGAAUUCGUCAGUUCGAGAUCCCCUUCGGGUGUUGAGCAUUUUUCAACAAAUAGUGGACGCGGUGGAAUAUAUCCACCUGCAAGGUUUAAUUCAUCGAGAUUUGAAGCCAUCAAACAUAUUCUUCGCCCUCAACGAUAGUAUUAAGGUUGGCGAUUUCGGCCUUGCAACUACGAUGACUAAGGAUUACGAUGGAACUCGUACACCUGUGUCUGAUAAUGAGACCGUGGACGGUAGUCCAAUGGAUAGCAUACAUACCGCGUGUGUUGGCACGCAUUUGUACAUGUCACCCGAACAGGCAAACGGUAAAACUUACGAUUACAAGGUAGAUAUUUACUCCUUGGGGAUUAUUUACUUUGAGCUCCUCACACCUUUCUCCACCGAUAUGGAAAGAGCGAUGGUGCUUACGGAUUUGAGGAAAUCCAUUUUUCCGAGCAAUUUUGCAGAACAACAUGCAGCUGAGUAUGAUUUGCUCAAAAUGAUGUUGGAUGAAGAUCCUGCCAAACGACCUACAGCUAUUGGCAUUAAGGCAAGACCUCCUUUGCUGAAUUAUCAAGCAGUUAACAAACUUCAUAUAAAUGAAGAUUUAAAAAGUCACUUUGAGUUGCCACGACGGACUAGACAUUCCUCCAACUAGUGAUAGUAAUGUUUGAUUAUGAAUCAUGAGUAUACAGGUUAUAAAUAUGUUUUUAAUUUUUAGUAUUUCAAUGAUCAUUAUUAUUUAUUUUCUUUCCCCAAUAAAAAUAUCACUUAAACAUCCCCAAACGUCUUGAAGAGAAAAAUACUUUUCCUGGGGAUUUUGUGAAAAAGAAAAUGUAUAAUGUACACAUAUGUAUAAAACUUUAAUACCACAUAUGUUGGCAACAUGCGGAAUAGAUUGUGAUAUGAUACAAUUUUAUUUCAUAAAGUUUCAUGUAUCACUCAUGCAUAUAUUAUAUGUA